AGAGACGGUAUUAAAAAGCCAUAAAUUGGUAUCUUGUGUUGGCUGGUAAACAAACCUGAAGAGCAAAACUGUCAGCUGAACUGGCUUGUCACCGCUCAGAAGAAAAAUGAACCACUAAUCAAACUACGGAGCUUCAGUUUAGGAGCAGCUGACCACAUCAGUUUUGUUCAGUAACUGCGAAGACGAAAAUGGAGAAUAGGAAAAUAAGUUCAGAAUUGCGACCACAGUCUGCUCAUCCAAGAAGAAUAGGAGUAACUGAUGCACCAAAUAUUACUUCUAAUGAGGGCCACAGGAAAGUAAGCACUGGUAGAAAUGGACGAAGAAAAAGUUUAACAUUUGAAGAAUGGAGUCUUGCUGUUGAGGAGAGAGACAAACAGAAAAGGAGGCAAAUGUUUGAUGUCCGCAACAAGGAGAAAGGAAGUCGUAAAAAUAGUUUGACAUUUGAUGAGUGGAAUCAACUUGUGGAAGAGAAGCAAAAACAGGAGCAAAGGAAAAGGGCAGAAAUUGAGAGAAUAAACAAAGAAAAGAAGGCAGCUCUUGAGGAGCAAAAGUUUGGAAGAAAGAUAAGUUUUGAGCAAUGGAUGGAUCAGAAAUCAAAUCAAAAAGAGUCAAAAAUUGGGGCGAGCCAAGGCAGGCGCUCCAGUAUUGCUGGGGUUAAUGAAAAAGAGUUUGAAAAACGGGAUAAAGAAGAAAUUGAAAAAGCUUUUCAAAAAUGGCUUUUGAAAAAAGAAGAAGAAAAGCUUUCAGACGAGGAACAUAAACUUUGGCUGGCGCUUCACCCGCCGAAGAAAACUGCAACAAAAAAGAAUUCAAGUCACGGGCCUCCGUCAACUUUGGUUAGAAAGUUAAGCAAAGACUCGUCCAAUCCACAAGUUCGACGAAGCUCUGCCCCAAGUCGGCCUUACCAAGGAAAAGCGAUCAUUGCGCAAUAAACCUAACUUACAUUAUAUAUAUAGUAGCCUACUGUGGGAUAGGAUGGUUACUGUUCACACCUGAAAUUCCAUAUUUCUUAAUCGUGUUGUUGACAUUUUACAAUGUUUUUUUUGAGUCGUGAGGGUGCGGUUAUACAAUUCUUUGAAUGUUCUUUGUUAACUACCAAUAGAACGAUAAAAGAGAAUAAAUACAUCGACCAUUUUAACCCGACCUACUACAGGUAUAGUACUGUGGGGUAAUAUGGGACACAUGUAGCACAUGUUAUCCAAAAAUCCUGAUUGUGUUUUAAACAAUUAACAGCAGUCUAUGGUAGUCGUGAGAAUACAGUUUUACAAAAAUUGAAAUGUUUUUUGCUUACUACCAAACGAAUACAAAUAUGUAAUGCGAAUGUGUCGUAUCCCCCCACCCUACUAUACAUAUAUAUUGUACGAACAUUUUAUUUUAUCAAAAACCAUAUACUUACCAUAUUAAUUCGAUGUAAUAUUGAUGGUCAAUAUCUGAAACGGUAGAUUGAUUAACCAUAUUUUUAUCGAAUUUUCUGCUGAUUUUAUUAAUAAAUUAAAAUGUGUAUGGCUUA